AUGCAUAAUAGAAAUAAUAAUAAUAAUAAUAAUAAUAAUAAUAAUAAUAAUAAUAGAGUUACAAUUAUGAUACAUAAAUCGUUAUUUUAUUUAACUGAGUGGUUACGUAAGGUUUACGUUUACACUGCUACUACUACUACUACUACUACUACUACUACUACUACUACUACUACUACUACUACUACUACUACUACUACUACUACUACUACUACUACUACUACUACUACUACUACUACUAGUGAAUAUUCAACUUUUAAUGAAUGA